AUGGCCAAAUUAGAAUCUGGAGCGGGAUUUGAUGCAAAGUUCCUCCAGGAGUGGAUUAUGGAAACAGGAAGCUUGAUGAUUCUCCGCGGGGAAGAGACGAGGCAGACAUUUCUCAAGCAGUCACUUCAUCGCCUGCUUUGGUACAAAUUCCCCAUACUUGGUCUCACGUCUCUUCUCUCCAGUCUUCUCACCAUAUAUGUACACAUCAGCACUGUCCAGAUGGCCCCGUAUGCAACUGUAGGGGCACUAGACACCUUACUUCUUUUCCACUAUUCUUUCCUGACCUUACCGUUAGAGCUUCUGGGGGAUAAUAUCGUUCUGCAGAUAACCGAGGGACUAAUGCACGAGCAUAAUGAUAUUGAAGAUGUGCACCGCUUCUAUUCUCUCUCCAUAUUCAUGACGUUAUACUAUUCAUUGGUCAUGUUCAUUGUCGGUCUUCUCUUUAAGCAAGUUUAUAUUACCCCAUACUUUAGAUCUAAGUAUGAGUACUCGUUCAAGGAUUUGUCUAUCUAUCUUACUAUCGCUCCGUUUGUUUCCCCUUUCCUUCAUCUAUCAAAUGCCCUUCUGGAAAGGACAGGUUUUUUCUUUGUGAUAACAAUCCAGCGCCUUAUCAGCUACUUUGGUACAGCCGUACUUCUUAGCUUGGGGUAUCUGUUUCCACUUCUGUACAGUACUCUUAUAGACGACUCGAGUGAUGAUCAGCAUUCUCUACUCACCAUCGUGCCGAAAUACUUCAGCGGCUCAGUGUUUCUCUACCCGAUUAUCAUAGCCAUAUUAAUUCCAGAUUCGAUCUUUCUGUGCUUAAACGUUCUGCGCAUGUUUUCUUAUGAAUCUUACAAAGAGUGCUAUAAUCAUAGAUUUCCGAUAGAACUGAAUACUGUCAUCACACCGCCCCAAGAGCAACAUUUCCCAUAUGAUCUUCAAUUCGCUAGCACCUCUGGAAGCUUUCAUUCUGCUGCCUCAGAAAAGCUUACUACUGUCUCUCUCAUUAGGAAGCACGAUGUUGCGGCUCUCCCAUCUCAGGAGACUGCAUCUCACCUCCAAGUUUUGCGUGCGUUUCAGAGAUCGACCAUCCUCACCCGAAGACCAUACUCUGAUACCCCUUACCAGCAUGAUCUUCCGUUUCUUCUAAUGUUCAGGUAUGGCAAGCUAUUUCCCAAAAAUACUAAGUUGCUUAUUACUCUUAUGAUAGAUUUAUUUUAUCGCUGGUUGAGUAGGCUCGGUCAUGUUGGUUUGGCCCUUUUUAUUAUCGUGUUUCUUUAUAUAAAUAUUAAGGAUAUCAAUCUUUUUCUUCUCAACAUUAAUAUUUGUGGAGUCUACGUCUUUGUGAGGCAAGCCCUUCUUUCUCUUACUAUCCCCAUUUCGUAUAUCUUCAAGCAGAUCUACUUUUUUAACUCGCGUGAUAAGCACUAUAGAAAGAUAGCCAUUGCAUUUUACUACUACCUCUUUAUAGCACUUACUAUCUCUAGUCUACUUGGUGCAAUCUUUUACCUUCUAUUGUCUCCACAAUUUACUAAAUAUUAUUUAGAGCUUGGUCUGCAACUCACAAAGUCCGAACUGUCGGAUAAUACUACAAUUCUCCGACUGGAAGCCUUGUUAUCACCGCUCCUUAGCCUUUUCUAUAUGGUAGAUGCAUUUUUGGAGCAACGUGGGCGUAUAUUGAUUGGCUCUACAGUGAAGUUCAUCUCACUAACAGCAGGGUGUGUCGCACUUGUUUACAUAUGGGAGCUCCAAAAGCAGUUCUCUGACUUUUCUUAUCCUUUAUUAAUAGCCGACAUAAUCUUGUGCAUUUGUGGCGUUGUAUUGCUUCCGCUGGUUAUUUUCGAACUUCAACUCCUAAUCUUUGAAACCAGAGUUGAGAGUCGCCGAUUAAAAUAA